AUGGUUUUAUCACAGUCCUCAAUUAAGAAACGGCUGAGACAACGAAGAAAUGAGUCCUUAUUUUUUACAAGAGAAAAAACGACCAGAGAUAACGAAUAUACUGGCUGCUGCAAUAGAGGAGCUUUUACAAUACCAGCUCUGAGUGCAUGUCCUCCCACGUUAAAAGAUUUAUACGUAGGAGAUGGUCCUUUGGCUUCUCAAUUCAGAUCCCAAAUAAGACUGAUCAAUAGUCUAUUUGCAGUGGCAUCCUUUAAAACAUCGAGACCGAUACCAGAGAGAAGGGGACAGGGUCAUUGGUGUUUCACCAUAUGCGGUCAAAUAUACCAUUUCAUAAGCGGUAUACCCAAUUCACAGGAUAAGGAGAACAUCCAACUGAACCAGAUUUAUUUUUUGGACGUAGAAGAAGCUUUGGCCCGAAGAAAUGCUUUUGCUGAUGAUAGAGUCGAUCCAGCAUUAAUGAGAUUGAUGGAAUCUAUUCGGAGAACACAUAAUAGAUAUAUAAAAGCUUAUAAAACUAUGGGAGAUGAAAUCCGACAAAGAAAAACACAAAAUUUGGAGGUGGAAAAUAUAAUAAUAGGAAUGACAAAAGAACCGGUCAUAAAUAUUUUAGCUGCCCAACAAAAUCAGAAUUGGAGACCUGGACAGAGCGAUAUUGCAGCAAUAUUCGAGGGAUCAGAACAUCCAAUGAAGGUUGAUUUGGUCGUCUAUCCCCAUAAGCCUGACGAUCCUGAUCCGAUGAAUCGACGUCAAGAAUUGAAGCUCCUCAAUCCUUUAGCCGACCCGAUGGUGUAUCCUCUAUUAUUCCCAUGCGGCGAUAAUGGCUAUUCCACCGGAAUGAAAUACAACAUCAGAAGAGGCAGAACUGCUGGAAAAACUGUAACCAUUCUCCAAUACUAUCGAUUUAGGCUCUACGUCCGAGAUGUAUUUUCUUCCAUUCACAACGGUGGUAAAUUGUUCCAGCAGUAUAUUGUAGAUGGCUGGGUAAAACACGAAAUGAGUAGGCUGUGGUGGUUAAGACAGAAUCAAAAUGAAUUCAGGAGAACAGCAGAAGAAACUCUACGAAGAUUUAAUCAGAACAGACAGAAUGGGCAUGUUGGUCGAGCUAUCAUCUUACCUUCCGGAUUUCCAGGCGGUGACAGAUACCGUCAAAGGCAGUAUCUAGAUGCAAUGACUGUCGUAGCUAGAUUUGGAAAACCUGAUCUUUUCAUAACCUUCACGUGCAAUCCGAACUGGCCCGAAAUUAAAAACAACCUCUUCAAAUUUGUAGAGUUUUUCAAAUGA